AUGAAGGACUGGUCGGAAUGGGCCAAGUUCUACAUCGUGACGUUCGUUUCCGGCUUGUGGAUCAUCUACCUGACUUUCUACAACUCGCGCCUCUUCGGAUGGUUCAUUUCAAAGUACUUCGCCUUCAAAGGACAGUCCAUUUCUUUCGGCAGUUUCUCAAUCAACCUCUUGGGCGGGAAAAUCAUGUUUCGCAAUUUACGAUACGGCACUUCCGAUUAUACAGUCACGGUCAACGAUGGCUUCUUGAUAUUUCGUUGGUGGUUGCCUCAUCCCAUUAUAGCGCCUGAAACGAGCCAAAACGUCAAGGAAAAAGGACGCAUCCGACGAAACAAGAAGACUUCUCGAGUUUACAUUCAACUCAGCGGCUGCGACUGGAAUUACUUCUACAAUGAAUCGGUUCACGGGGAGAAGCGGGAUAAUUCGAAUCCUGAGCAGGCAGUUUCGAAGUGGUGGGAUGAAAUUUACGACUUGUGUCCCUACUUUGAAAUCAACGUUCUCUACGGCCGAAUCAUCAUGGGAAACAAAACGCUGCCGUACUCGAUCGUCUGCUCUUUGUCGGAAGGAAUGUUCCAGUACCGAAAACCGGACAAGAAACUGCGCCAGAGCUUCGAAGGCGACGCCCGUAAUUUCGAAGUGAUGUUCGUCCCUUCCAGUGGCUAUGAAGGACCAGACAAGGAUGACAAGCCGAUUCCCGGGACUGGCCAGCGCGUGUUUUCUGAUCAAAGCGAUCACCAACAUCGUAACUCGUAUCGCGAAAGAGGCGUUUACUCGGUCUGCGUCUCUCGAAAAGCCUCAGUGAAUUACUACUGGGACUUGUUGCCCAGCGAAGUGCAUUCGGAUUCGCACCCGCUCGUCUCCGAAGACCCAGAAUGGGGUGUUUCGCUGCAGCUCGCCAACAACUCGACAAUCAAUUGGGGUCCUUGGUGCGAUCGCCAGCGCGAGAAAAUCUGGCGUUUUUUCUUUCCAAUUGAGAAAAAAGAGUGGCAGCCACCAACGAGCCCUUCUCUUCGCCAAUUUCGUUUCGACUUCGAGUUCUCCACGCGGCUGGACAAGCGGCAGAAAGCCUCAAAAGCAAAAAACUUGACCAACAAGCUGAAUCUGGAAUUCCUCGGCAGCGAUGGCCACACAAAGCAAUUACAAGUGCAAGCAGGAAGUGGAAGUUCUAUGAGCUCGAUUUCGCCUUAUUUUCCAAAAGAAGUUGAUGAGAGUGGAAUGCAGUUCCACAUGCCUAUCCAUCUGGUGGACGCAAAGAUCACUCUUCAAUCAGAGCACUUGAAACGCUUCGUCCACGCCAAAGAACUGUCCGUAACGCUUGAUACGCUGACCCCGACGUUUUUCAACCGUCACCAAAUUUGGUCCUUCGAAGUCAACGUCCGCGAGAGCUCGUUGCUCUUUGUCUGGCCCAUCAAGGAGUUCAUGACCGAAUUCAUCAACGACUGGAGUCCUGAUCAACCGCUCGAUAUUGUCCACUACGUUCCAGUCACCUACGAAUUCAAAAUUCGAUUCCACCAUCUCGAAGUGCUCCUUCCAGUCAACGAAUACAACUACGUCGACUGCCAGAAUCCUGUUCCGGAGAGUGCAAAUAGCACAUCCAGCGUAGAAAUCGUAUUUAACAUCGUGACACGACACGGGUCUAUUGCGAUUUUCGUCCCUCCCUGUGCUCCCGCGCAUCACAUUCAAAAAGCAUCGCACAAGGCUCAAGAAAGUUUCCAACGCUCUUUGGGCCAGAAUCGCGUGCUCGUCUACGACGCCGAUUACUGGCGCGAAAUUACAAAGGCGGAAAAUGGCUUCGUCGAACUCGGUUCCUUCAACAAGCUGAAUUUAACCUUCGAGUACAAAUGGAACUGCGACUACAUGCCCCAUCCCAAGUAUAGAAAGAAGGUCAAGGUCCAGUACGAUCCGAUGCUGCUCGAAGCUGACUUCCUUAGAGCGAAAAUACUCGCCGAGCAAAUUGAACCCGUCGCGUUUGGAACGCUCAUUCCAGUCCUGCUCAAUGUUAAAGAAAACGUCCUCGGUUUCUGGGAUCAAGUGACGCCUUUCGUCAAGGAGUCUAGUAACGAAUGCGAGAUCGUUGAAAUCAACACCAAUACGGUAACAGACUUCAAGCAGAACGAGAAGGAUUGGAUCCGUCCCUUCCGUGCCUUUUCCGUCGUCGUCGAAGUCGAACUACGGGAUUUAACUGCGCGUCUGCCUCUGCCACCAAACUCGAGUCUUCAAAACGGCGGUCCUUUGGUGAAACUCGACUUUUUGAUCUUUGAGCUUGACAAGCACUACACCAGCACACGGAUGCAACUGACCCUGUCAGAAAUCGAAGUAACUUUCGGCCACAAAUAUGCGGAUCUCCACCUCUCGGGCUUGCAAUAUCGAGGGAGCGCGUUUUUCUCCGCUGAAGGAUUGCCUCUCACUGCGCCGACUUUGGAAUACGCGUGGAUGCAAGAAAUUGAAAUCGGAAAACUCUCCGGAGAGCUUAAAAUCGAAGACGUCGUGAAUUUGGGACUGUGGCUCGAUCAAGUGAUUCUCUGCGUUGCGGACAAGGCGUAUGAGCUCAAGGCACCCUAUGAACUGAAAAUCGGCGAUGAAAUGAAAUACGAAAAGACAAAAGUCUCCUGGCUCGGGCUCGACGUAACAGCCGUCUGCAAAAGUGCCAAAGUAAAUGCCUCCGUUGCUAAGUCGUCCGUUUCGAUCAACAAUCUUCGCUGCGACGAUCGUGGCGGCUUUGUCUGCGCAAACUUGGGUGUCAUUUCAGUCCAAGUGGCCCUUUGCUACGAGAAUCAGUGGCUGCAAGCAGGACUGCUUCAGCUUCCCAAGUCAGAAAUCGCCGUCGAACUGGGCAUUGUGGAAAGUGAGCUGCACGAACAAGACACGUGGCUGAGAAAACACGACCGGAAGAGAAAACGCUUGGAUUUCCUCUGGGACAGUAAUUCCAGAGAAGCGGUUUAUCGAACAUCGCUAAAAGACUCGUGGGGUUGUUCCUGGUUCGAUCCUGAUGAAAACUCGCCAGCAGAAGUGAUGCUCGACGGUGUCGUCCAGCGUGGAAAGAGCUUGAUCCAAGACACGGUUUUGGUCGAUCUGGAGCAGAAGUUCCAAAAGCGCCCGUUCUGCAGCCGCCUGACAGCUACUUCUAUCGCGCAGAGCACUGGAAGCAUCAGCCCCGAUGGGCCUUUUGCUCGCUCGUCUUUCCGAAGCUCGUACGGGCUCCUUCAGCCGACUGAAUCGGGCGACUCCACGAAGCUCAAGUCGAACUCAAUCUUCGGCGGAACCGGACGAAUGAGCUCAAAAAGUUCUCGCGAUGGCUCGCUGGAUCGAGCAAGAGCGGAAUCCGCUUCUCGCCUUCCUGGAGGGAUUCUAAAAGCACGAACACCGAUCAGUCAAGAUGGCAUUUAUGGGCAACCCGGAUUGAUUUCGAAUGAAAUGAGUCUCAAGGAAAACGCAGAAUCGACAAGCGCUCUGGAUAAAAUCUCAGUCAAGAGCUUCAAAAGUGCUAAAACUACGGCCAGCUCCGUCACUGAAGGAUUUCAUUCUGCCUUGAGCUCGAGCUUCGGCUCAAGCGAUACCAUCGAUCAGUUCUACUCGGCAGAUGAAGGGGAAGACGGGGAAGAAGAUGAUGUCGAAACUGGAGAGACUACGAUGGAGAAUCAACUGUUGAACAAACAGCACACUUCGUUGUCUCCACAUUCGCACUCGAGAAACACCAGUUUCAACGAGAGCAUUAUCUCCAACAGGACCCUAGAACGGAAUGACUCGCGAGGCUCCCGCCGCUCCCGCUCAAAGCGAAUGUCAAAAGAAUCAAGCCAGGGCAGUUCACGAGUCAGCCAACAUCGCCUCAGAACAGAAUCAAGAAGCUCCAGAGCUUCUAUUAAAAAUGAAUCGCGAACUCGUCAACGUCCUUCUAAUCUUCCUCUUCACACGAUUGCGUCUCCGAUUCAAGCGGAUGAGAUCGAUCAUGAAAUGUAUGACAAAGUGCUGCCGAUUUUGGACGAGGAUAUGACGAUCAAAGAGUGUAGCAAUCGAGUCUGCAGCGGAAUAGUGAUCAGAGAUGCAAAACGCGGCGUAGACUUUGAGCCAGAAUCUCCGCGCGUUUCUCAGAAACAAUCCGUCACGGACAGGAACGCAACGAAGCUCAAUGUAACUCUCAAUUCCGUGGAGAACACCUCAGCUGUGGACGUCUUUGCGACGCCGCUUUGCUUGGCCGCAGUUCGCCAUGCCCUAGAAGACAUCGAAUCGGUCGUUCAGCGACUUCACUAUUCAACGAUUACGUCGAUUCUAAUGGCCAAGGUCGUCGACGAACACAUUAAGAACGACGAUGAGGAUAUUACGGAGGAACGAAAGAGCCCCCUUCAACUCAACUUCAAAAUUCAAAACAUCAAAAUCGGUCUCUGCCAAGUGGCCCAAAACAUCAACGAAAGCGGCACUUCGUUUCAGAAGCCGAUGCCGUGUGCCACACUUCUCGUCGCGUGGAUGGAGCAAGUCGACGUUUCCGCCAAUUUGAAGCAAGAAAACAAAAACAUCAUCGCUUCAGCCUCCUUCAGAAGACUUCACUUGCAGCUGCGAGCAAACUCUAUUGACGGGCAGGAACCGGAAAGAACAACGGUCGUUUGCCUCCAAGAAACAUCGCAGAGAUCGCCAAAGUCCGUCUCCGUCGCCUUCAAAUGCGAAAACGAUUGGGGAUGGAUCAUGGCAGAAGCAGGCAUCGACGGGAUCAAACUAAAAGGAGAAAGGCUUAUUUCAAAAGCGCAGAUGAACAUGAACAUCGAAAAGAUCUGGUUCUUGGCAGCUGCUCCGUCGAGUCUCUCGCGUGCCACGCGCCAGUGGAGUCUUCUAUCGACCGCUUCUUAUGGGGCCUCGAGCUGGGUAGAACGCUUGGAAGAUAUUUCGAACGAAAUCGCGCACAUCAGAGAAGACGUCAUAAACCAACGAUGCAAGGUGAUUGUUGCUCCGCUAGCGCACCGAGUUGCCAUGACGGAGAAAACGGACAAAGAAAGUCUCUUCAACUUCAACAUCCGAAAACUGAUCGACAACAUUAACGAUCUCUCCGUCACCGGCGGCGGGACACUACCCCUGACGAGAACUGCCAAAGCGUUGCGGAAGAACGUAGCCUUCUGCGCUGCGGCCUCGAACGUCUAUCUACUCUCGUUGCCAGAAUUCGUGAAAGAGAUCUUCCGCGACGGGUCAGACGAGGCUGAGUACUUCCUGGAACCGAAUCAACCGACUACGAGCUAUACCAACUUGAAAAUCCCGAAGUCCCAAACUCUCAAACGAGCCCUUCUCAUCGUCUGUCAAAAGUGGCAAAAGGAGAUGGAAAGCUACGGAAAGGAGAAACACUGGCCCGAGUACACGGACAAUAUGUUUGAUGUUCUCAGAAUGCCGAAACUGCCAGUAGACAAUAUUCACACCGAAGCAUCGCGGAGACCGACCAAGGUGCAAACAUUUAAUCACAACUACUCGUUGCCCCGAGAAGGGGUCGAGUCCAUCAUCAAAAUGAAGUCGAUUCUCGAUUACUGCCAUGUACCAGUUGACAACGAUCCGGAAACAUUCACCAGUCUUUAUAAAGAAGAAAUAAGCCAGUGCAAGAUCAAUGCCAAUUUGUCCAGUUUCCAGGUCUUUAUCAAAGAAACCGAAAAGCGCCGAACGCGGCGGGUGCGUGCCUUUGCGCUCGAAAACCAACCGGUGCUCAAGCUCGACCAAAUCAAAGUCAACGGCUGCCUGGACAUUCCCAACACGGAACUCGAAAAGCUGCAAAAUGUCCCCCCAAAGGUUUCUGUUUCGCUUGAUAUUUCCGAAAUUUCGCAGCGGUUGGACAUGAGCCUCGUCCGUUUAAUCGUUCAAGUGAACGGAGUCGUGGACAAUAUCGCCCGGGCGAAGAUGGACCAUCGCAUUGGACGAAUGGAAGAAAGAUGUAACGAUGAGCAUUUGAAUUAUCCGAGCUCGCUUUGCUCAUCCGAAGACUCAAUCGACAUCCACCAGGAAAUCAGCCACCAAGAGCAGCUCAACGACGGUGAAUUGUCGAGCAGAGACGAAGAUCCAGUCUGGCUGGUGUUCGUUUACAACGAUGGAUUGAACGUAGCAACUCAAGAAAGCACUGUAGAAACGAUGGAGAUCGAAAACGAAACUCCCAUUUCUCGCCUCGCCCGAUCAACAGUGAUUCAAGCAACGGAACUUCACCGCCCUGGUGGUAAAUUCCACUCAGAUAGCUCAGCUUCCAAUUUGGAGACGGAGACGACUCUCAGGGUGGAAGUUUCGUUUUCAAUUCGCACGACGCGUCUCUCCGCCGAUGUUGGUGGAUUGAGUCUAUCGAUUCAGCUCAACGCGCUCGACGGUUCCGUCAAUCUCGACCAGCUGAGAUACGUUCAAGAAGUGACCUUCGACGCGGAUAAUCGGGUCCAACCACUGCGCAUUUCUCCGAAUCUCGCAUCGCUCAAACUUUCAGUAAAAGUGAAACUAAAGUCGAUCAACAUCGAUUUCAUCGAAGCACAAAGUACUCAAGCCGUGCUCCAAGUUACUGUUGAUCGGUCGUUAUUCAACGCGCAUCCAAACACGCGCGAAAGUCAGAAGGUGAUCGACCUGAUCGCUGAAAUCGGAAAAGUGAAUCUGAAACUGCCCCUUCGUGUCCAAGAACUUCAUCAUAUCUUUUCAAGGACCUCACAGAAGCUGUUUCACCAAUUGAAAGACUUUGAAAGCUACCAGCCUGGCAUCAUCAUCGACACGCCGGAUUUCGAUGCUCCUAAGCUCCCUCCAGCAGGAUUGCCAGUUACGGACGGACAACUCAGUCCUCAACUCGGGUCGGAGAGCUCAAAAAGCUCGCGAUCCUCCACGAUGCCGUUGAUCUUCAAGGUCGUCUUCAAAGGCUUUUUCAUGAAAAUCAAUCUGCUACAGUCGGUCACUGCUAAUUACGAAGUCGGCCCAAUAACGUCGAAUGGUGAAUGGAAUCCUAGUUCUGUAAAGACAACUCUCGGCUCUAGCCAAAAAGUCCUGAUGACCUCCAGCUUGAAAGUAACAGAACACAAGAUCAGCAUUUUGGGCGAAUUUCGAACGGCCGAUCACGAAGAAAAGAUCUCGCAAAAGAUCGUCUUCCCCUCGAUCGAGGUCGAUCUAGACCUGAAAAAGGAUGGGGCCGAGCUACUUAGCGGGCGCUGCGAAAUCGAAAAAUUCCAACAGGAUUUGACGACGGAUUUGCUAAACAUUCUUCUCUCCUGCGUUGAAGAGUUGAAGUCGGAAGUGACUGAUAUUCUCAACAAGUUGAAAACAGAGGAGCCGUUCCCUGCUCUUGGAUUUCAAACAGCUGCAACUUCUGCAUCGACGCCUAAAGAACUGACGCCCGUGACACCGAUGAAAUACUCCUUCAAAAUCCAGAUGAAAGGAAUAAACGUCGAGGCUUCUACACCAACCGGGAACAUUGUCAAGCUCGAUGUACCUGUAAUAAACUCAUUUAUCGCAAACUUCGAGGAUGAAGGAACCAAGUCGCCAGUUACCUACAACUUCCUUACUUCCCAGGCCGACAAAAUCAUCAUCAACGGCGACGUGGAGCUCAAACUAGCCCUAAUUUGCCAGGAAAAGAAGAUGGCUUCCUUCGACGCGCGAGUGAACAUUCACAACACGAACGAAAGCGCAGAAGAUGUGCUCCUCGUGACGCUCAAGAGCCCGGUCGUCUUUAUCCAUGCAAAUGCGAUCGAUCGCGCCAUUCUAGUCUAUUUGAACUAUCGCUCGUCCUAUAACGUCUGGAAGGAAGAAAUUGAAAAGGCUCAAGGUCAAAGUGGCAUUUCCGCGAUGCGAAAUCGUGGUGUUCAGGGACAGAUUGAUCCGGCUCAAGGGGGCAACCCUCUUCACCCGACAAAAGGAGGAAGCAGCAAAAACACGCCCCAGGAGCCUUCGAAACUCUUCAUUAACUUGACAGUUAACGACUUUAAAGUGAAAAUGCCGCUAAUCGACAUGAAACAUGAAGUGACACGGUCAAGCCACGUCCUCGUCCUCACCAUUUCUCACGUAAAUGUUUGCGGAACUGUCGGCGAUUUGUCCGCUUUCAAGGGCAAAUUCACAGGUUUUGAGUUGCUCUUCGAUAGGGAAGGACAACCACGUGAACUAAAGAUGAAUUGCUGUGAAGUGAAAGAAGGCGGAAUCGAAAUCGUUUCGGGCACGGAGCACUCGGAUUCGAAUUUGUCAUCGAAUUCGAGCGUUACCGGAGUUUGGAAUUUAAUGAUCAGUUGGAACAUGAUGGGAUUGGAUGGCAAGUUCGACACUCAAAUCGGAACGCUCUUCUCUCGCCUGGGAAAAACGCUGACAACGUUUUCCGACGAAGCAGCAGUUUCAGAAGGAUCGAAAGCGCGACUUAAAGAACUGCGGGAUAAGUACAACACUGGAACGAAGACAUUGGAGGAUUUGAAGCAACUCGGCGCGACGAAAAGCAUCAUCAGAGACGAGGAAGAAGCGCUGAGGGAGAUCGAGAAGGAAUAUAAGAAAGAGUACAUUCUACUCAAGCGGCGACCAGAGCCAGAAAAUGGCGGAAAUGGUCAAAAUCAAGGAAAAACUCAAGGAGGCAAUUCAAGCAACAGUGGCGAGGGAGAAAUCGAGCUGAUUUUGAAUGCGACGAUCACGAUCAAAACAGGAAAACUGGAAUGCUAUCCAGUCGACGUCUUGGGAGGUGUCCCAGGUGGAAGCUCCAAGAAACUCGAUCACUUUGCGCUCGAAAGCGAGCGAAAGCGAAAUUCGGCGAUGAACUCGACUGACUCUAGCGUUACAACUUUUCUUCUUCCUGCAUUGGACGUCGAUUUGAACUACAUGUCGCAUGGAAGCGGGGAAACUCAUCGCCGCGCGAAGCUUUACUCAAACGUCGUUAUCGGCUCCAUGCCCAAAGAGAUGAGCAUUUCGCCCUUGUUCCUCGAAUAUCUCAGUCAAACUUUAGACAUUCUGGACGAGAACGAAGUCUACACUGGCAAGGAGCCGGAAGACCCGGAUCAAAUCGAUCUACGAAGCGGCGCCGAUCACAACUUCGAGCAAAGUUCAGUCCAGUCUUUCCCCGUCGACGUCGUCGUCCACGCCAAAGUGAAGCCCUCGACCGUCCUGUUCUCUUGUCAACCUAAAGCAAAGGUCGAGUGCACGCUCCGAGUACCGCUGACAAACAUGGUCUUCUCGUCAGCGCCGUCGGCUGACGCGAAGAAGUCCGGAUUGAAUUUGGCGAUUCAACUGUCUGAUUUCGCUCUCCGUGUGAACCAUCCUUACGAAAACUCGUCAAAAGGAUGUUUCCACUUGAAUUUCGAAGGCAUUUCAAUCAACAUUUUGAGACAGCACGUCUCCGAAAAGCUCCUCACAAUUUCUGUCAUCUCCGACAUUGGCCAGGCAAAUAUCAACUACGACAUGAGACGUCUGUCAGAAAUCCUCGGCUUUCCAAAAGCCUGGUACAACAGAUCCAUCGCGAGACGCCUUUUCCUCGGUGAAAGUAGCCGCGCAAAGCCGACAAACGAAGCUGCUCCCGUCCAGCCGAAUCAUAACAACGAAAACUGGGAAACUGCAGUCAGGGUUUCCACAGUUCUCCGAGAGCUACGAGUCGAUAUGAACAUCGGAAACGUUCUCGGCAAGACGGUUUGGGUGACGGAGCAGCUCGCAUAUCAUGGUGCUUUUGACAUGAGAAGCAGUAGAAAAAAUGACAUCAAGAAUUUGGUUUCUCUUGCAAAGACGAAGAUCGAGUCGCGAUCAGGACUCCUAGGAGGAGUGAUUUCGAUGAGUGGAUUUAAUGGUGCUUGCUUGUGGCGAGAACGAAGCACUCAAGAUUCAGCUCAUGAAAUGAAGGUCUCGCUGGAUGAAGUGAGCCUGCGAUUGGAAUACCACUCGACAGUAAUUCUACUUUCGAAGCUGAGCGAUGCACAACUGCUCGUCAUCGACGAGAGCUUGUUGGACGAGCGUCCUCCGCGGGCGAAGGCGAACAUCGACAUGCGCUGGGGCGAGUUCGAUCUUCUUCUUUGCAAGUCGACUUCGAAGAAUCUCGUCCAAGGCGGGCGCAAAGUCAAGGACUUCGUCAAGCAGCAGAUCAACACGGGCAGCGAGGCCUUCCGGAGCAUGUUCGCUCACAGCUCAAAUUACGAAGAAAAACGCCGCGGCCCUGUGGAAAAGUCGAACGACGACAAGUACCAGCGCCACUGGCCUCCGAUCUUUAAUCGCCACCCGGUUGCUUCAUAUCAGCUCGGCGGCGAGUCUCGCCUCCGCGGUCAGGAACUGUCAAUUGUCUGCUUCGACGGGGAUUUCCGAUCAGCCGAUCACUGGGUCGUCUUUUCCGUUCAUUUGCCAGAUAUUUCUUUCUCCAGCGAUGUUUACUCCGCGCCAGAAGAUGAUGCCCAAGAUCGUCUUAAUAUUUUCAUUUUCCAGACGUUCAUUUUCAACCUUGGCCGUGCUAUCGAACGCGUUCCCAACUUCGAAACCGACAAGCUCGGCGCCUUCGUGUUGCACGUUUCUCGCAACAAAGCCCGUCGCCCUGGUGCACAAGCCGACGUCCGCGACUGGAUCAACUACUCCGUUCCUGGGAUCAACGAGGCCGAGCCAGAAAAGAGUCGUGAAAACGUUCAUGUCAUUUUUGCUUUGCCGCAAACCGAAUUGACGCUCAAAACGGAGCAGAUUCAGCCACUGAAGCUCCCUGCUUUCCCGGAAGAAUCAAAAGUCAGCUGUGUCUUUGUGGCUGAAUUUCAUGAUCAACCGCUCAAGGUAACGAUGAGCACAAACGAGAUCAUCUUUUUGACAAACUUCGUGAGGGAGUACAUUCGAGAACACAAGUCCGUUCUUUCCAACGAAGAGCUGGGAGAUGGGGACGACGAGGAACUAGGAAAUUCGACGGAUCCGCGAGCGUACAUGUGCAGGACGUGGAAGCUGGACCCGCUGACUCGCUUCAUGUACAAACACACGGUGCUCGAGUGCCCAGGCGUAGACUCGAUUAUCAAGCAGCUAGGCUUCAAGCACGCUAAGCUGACAAUUCCAAAAUGGUUUCAACGCGGCUUGCUGGACAAACUAGACUCAACGCACGCGCUAUUCACUGCCCAACUACUUGACGUUUAUAGAAAAAUCAAAAAUCAAGCUAAACCCCAAUUGCAAUAA